GGGAGGCACAGCCCUAGGCAGCCUGCGGGAGCUGCAGAACCUGGACAUGGCAGAGUGCUGCCUGGUGAGCGGGUGGGAACUGGCCCAAGCGCUGGGCUCUGCCCACAGAGCUCCACCCCCACUGACCUCCCUGAGCCUGGCCUACUGCUCUUCACUGAAGGAUGCCUCAGUGCUCUCCAUGAUCCCGGCGCUGGGCCCGAGCCUCAGGGUGCUAGACUUGUCUUCCUGUGUGGCCCUCACCAACCGGACCGUGCAGGCCAUCUGCACCCACCUCACCCACCUCUCAGUCCUGCGCCUGGCUUGGUGCAAAGAACUCCGGGACUGGGGGCUUCUGGGGUUGGGUGAACCAAGUGAAGAGCCCGCACAGGGGUCCCAGCAAUGUCCUACGCUGGAGUGUCAGGCCUCAGGCCUCAAGGAGCCCUCCCCGGAUCCGCAGGGCCCCUCCCUGCUCAUGCUGCAGGCCCUGCAGGAGCUGGACCUCACAGCCUGCAGCAAGCUGACAGAUGCCAGUUUGGCCAAGGUGCUCCAGUUUCCCCAGCUGAGGCGACUUUCACUGAGCCUGUUGCCGGCACUCACAGACACAGGCCUGGUAGCUGUGGCCAGGGGCUGCCCCAGCUUGGAGCACUUGGUGCUGAGUCACUGCAGCCACCUCAGCGACCAGGGCUGGGCCCAGGCAGCUGGGGCCUGGCCAAGGCUGCAGCACCUCAACCUGUCUAGCUGUAGUCAGCUCACAGAGCAAACGCUGGAGUCCAUUGGGCAGGCGUGCAAGCAGCUCCGGGUGUUGGAUGUGGCCAUGUGCCCCGGCAUCAACAUGGCUGCAGUCAGGCACUUCCAGGCUCAACUGCCCCAAGUGACCUGUGUCCAGUCCCGCUUUGUGGGAGGAGCUGACCUGACCCUUACGCUCUGAGACCAGGUCAGUAACCAGCCCUGCAGCACAGCCUCCCCUUCACCCCUGCAGUCCCUGACCUCUUGAACUACAUCUGACUCAGUGCCUCUUGCCUUCGGACUGGGGUGGGACCAAUGCACGCCAGCCCAAGGGACUCCCUGUCCCACAGCCCAGCAGCAAGCUCUUCCCAGCCACAUGAGGCCGCCUGGCCAGGCAGCCAGACCCACAGGCAGGCCAGGCCUGGUGCCAGAGGGGAGCAGAACCUGUGCCUCUCACCUGCCCUUCUCAGAUCUAAAGCCUGAGCGCCACCUGUUCCCAGUCCAUCAGCCCUGAGCUUUAGCAGCCACAGACGGCCGCAUCGAUCUUUGCUGUAAACCCAAACCGGAUUAAAAAUUCCAGAUUAUACCUCUUUGUCUGAAGUUCUCAGACUAAAGGGCCUCUCCCCUCUCCACCUCAGUUGAAGCAGCCCAUCCCAUGUUGACAGACUACAGAGAAAACACCAGAAGCUCAGUGACUUGCACUAGCCUCUCAGCCAGGUCCUAGUUUCUCCCCUAAGUAGGAGACUCGAGACCUGGAGGCCUCCCCGCAGCACAACCACCCCGGCAUGCCCUGCAGCCCAGGUGCAACCGAUUGAUGAUGCCUGAGUCCAUGAGGCUGUCUUGUGGUGGGCAGGGGUCGGUAGAGGUCAUCUAGUUCAACCCCCUAAACAGUGCCCGUGACUUCUCAA